UGGAAAUAUUGUCCUGGUGGAUAUUGAUGGUUCAGUGGAAGGUUGGACCAGAUGAUAUCUCAGGUCCCUUUCAACUAGAAGAUUCUAUGAUGCUAAAGUUACAUUGUUACAUCAAAUAUCUCGUGGCUCCUUUCAAAAGAAGCAGGAACUUCCAACAUGAACCAAUACAACAGUACCUGGGUCACAGAAUUUCUCCUUCUGGGUCUUUCUGAUGACCCUCAGAUUAAGAUGCUACUCAUUGUAUUGUUCUUGGGGGUCUACUUAGGCACUAUGCUUGGGAGCUUACUCCUCAUCUACUUAGUUCUAACUGACUCACAGCUUCAUACACCCAUGUACUUUUUCCUUUGCAAUUUAUCUGUGGCUGACCUUGUCCUCUCUACUAUCAUAGUUCCACAAGCUGUAGUCCACAUGCUAACUAGAAGGAAGGUCAUUUCCUUUACUGGAUGUGGAGCUCAGAUUUUUCUUUCCAUCAUUUCUGGAGCUACACAGUGUUCACUGUUAGCUGUGAUGUCUUAUGAUCGGUACUUGGCAAUCUGUGACCCCAUGCAUUAUUCUCUUAUCAUGACAUGGAAGAUAUGUGGCCAAUUGGCAUUGGGGUGUUGGAUCUGUGGCAUUGUUGCAUCUUCAGUUGAUACCACAUUCACACUGUGCCUCCGCUACCAAGGAGACAAUAAGAUUGCUCAUUUCUUUUGUGAUGCUCCAAUUCUCUUGACCCUGGCAUCUGGAGACACUCAUAAAGCAGAGAUGGCCAUUUUCUCCAUGGGUGUAGUGAUUCUUCUUGUACCUGUGUCCUUGAUUCUGGCCUCCUAUGGCUUUAUCGUAGUGACUGUCAUCAGGAUGAAGACAGCCUCAGGAAGACUCAAGGCAUUCUCUACCUGUGGCUCCCAUCUCCUUGUGGUCAUCCUUUUUUAUGGGACCCUAAUAAUUGCCUACAUGACACCUAAGUCCUCCAGGGAGCAGAUCAAGCGAAUUGCUGUGUUUUAUGGUGUCAUAAACCCUAUGCUUAACCCUGUCAUCUACAGCCUGAGGAAUAAGGACGUAAUGAGGGCAUUCAGGAAUGCAGUAAACAGGAGAUAA